AUGAUGUUGUUCCUCCGGCAGGUGUGGACCCUCACACUGAAGAACUUGCUCAUCACGCUAGUCCGCCCAUUCACCACCACUUUCCUUCGCGCGUUCGUUCUGCCAGUGGUUUUUGUUGCAAUCAUCUCAUACGCAAGGAACUUUUUCGUUCCACCGUCGGUGUACGGUAUCGCCGAUACGUCACCUGUGCGAUCAUUGACAGAUUCCCUGAGCGCUGUGUCUGGAGGUAGAGACAAGCUUGUCUUCGUUAAUAGCGGAUUUGACAGCGGAGAUAUUCAGAAAGUUAUCGACGAGGUCUCGGCGCCAGUCAGAGCCCAUGGAGAUACCGUCAUCACGUUGACUUCCGAAGACGAACUCCGAGAAACCUGUCGCACGACCCUUAGAGGGACCUCGUCAUGCAUUGCGGCGGCUGUCUUUUAUUCCUCUUCGAACGAGGGCCCUGGUGGUAUGUGGAACUACUCAAUUCGCGCCGAUGGCUCGCUAGGUUCGAAGAUCGACACCCACAAGAGCAACAACGACCAGGAAAUCUACUUGGUGCCAUUCCAGCACGCGAUAGACUGGGCCAUUGCAGGAGUCAAUGCUACUGCAGAUGAGGGGAGUCUUCCGAAUAAGAUCAUGGAAUACCCGUUCACCUCCUUGACCCAGGAGCAACGCCGAGACCAGAUUCGUGUCCGCUACAUGAGCGCCAUUAUCGAUAUCAUCAGUGUCGCCAUCUUUAUCGGAAUGGUAGGUGUCACUUAUCAGCUGACGGAGUUGAUCGCAAUGGAGAGAGAAUUGGGUAUGAGCCAGCUGAUCGAUUGCAUGAUCCCAGUGUCAUCGCACUGGAAAGCUCAAGCGGCCCGCUUUAUAGCGUGUCAUCUCGCGUUGGAUAUGAUCUACGGACCAGGUUGGAUCGCCACGGGUAUCAUACUGAAAUAUGGAGUCUUUGCGAACUGCUCUGCUGGCAUUACUGUUGUCAACCAUAUUCUAGUGGGCCUAGCGCUGUCGUCGUUCGCCAUAUUUGGCGCAUCCUUUUUCAGGAAGGCGCAACUCAGCGGCAUCUCAGUGGUCAUCGCCAACCUGCUACUGGGAGUAAUUGCUCAGCUUGCAGGAGUCACGACUAACGGCGCAGUCGUUGUACUGGGACUGUUGUUCCCAUCAAUGAACUAUGUCUUCUUCUCAGUUCAGAUGGCUCGAUGGGAAAGACAAAGCCUGCCAACGAAUCUGGUCAAAGCGGCACCGGAGAAUCCAUGGAGCAUACCCGGUGUUGCUCUUUGGAUUCUUUUGAUUGUUCAGAUCAUCGCGUAUCCGAUCCUUGGUGCCAUGGUCGAGCGGGUCCUCUAUGGCACUGGCUCCUCUGGCAGGAGAACCGUUUCCAACCAAAAUAACUGUGCCCUCUCCAUCGAUGAAUUCUCAAAGGAAUAUCGACCAUCUCUGCUGAGACGAAAGCUUGGAAACUUACUCGGUUCCAAACAGCAGAGUGUCCUUGCAGUCAAAAACCUUAGCCUGAGUGUUGUCAAAGGCGAAAUCAUGGUUCUUCUAGGAGCAAACGGCUCUGGAAAGUCGACAACACUUGAUGCAAUCUCAGGCCUCACGAAAAUUUCCAAUGGCUCGAUAUCCAUCGAUUAUGGCACAGGCGACAGGAACUUCGGGCUGUGCCCCCAGAAAAAUGUUUUGUGGAGCACAUUGACAGUCAAAGAACACGUGAGGAUAUUCAAUGGCCUGAAGUCCACCAGCGGAAGAGACCAACAUGAAGAUUUACUGCAAUUGAUCGACCAAUGUGACCUUGGAAACAAAGCCAACGCUCGAUCGAGAACCUUGUCUGGAGGUCAGAAAAGGAAAUUGCAACUGGCGAUGAUGUUCACGGGUGGAUCCUCGAUAUGCUGUGUGGAUGAAGUAUCUUCAGGCUUAGAUCCGAUUUCACGCAGGAAGAUCUGGGAUAUUCUGCUCGCAGAGAGAGGGCAACGGACAAUCGUUUUCACAACACACUUUCUCGACGAGGCCGAGCUUCUUGCCGACCAUAUUGCGAUACUCUCAGAGGGGUCGCUGGAAGCAGAAGGAUCUACUGUCGAACUCAAGAAUCGUCUCGGAUUGGGCUAUCGUGUUCAUGUUCAUCACGCUCCUGGAUCUACAGAUCGUCUUGGCAUAAAAUACGAUGGCGUCAAGAAGGAAGUUCAUUGCGAUGAAGCAAUUUACACCGUCCCGGACUCUUCACUUGUCCCGCAACUUGUCGAGGCUCUCGAAAAUCGCGGGAUCUCAGACUACCGAAUCAGUGGUCCGACCAUCGAAGACGUUUUCCUCAAACUUGCUCGGAAAAUCUCAGAUGUUCAAGUAUCCCCUGAGUCGAUCCAGCCUCGCCUGUCCUCGAUGUCGGAGAAUCUUGUCCAAGACACGAAUGAAGACGCCACCCUGCAGCUGCUGAAAGGAAAGCGUAUUGGAAUGAGACUUCAGGCGGCCACGCUGUUCGCCAAACGUAUCAUUAUCCUGCGUCGCAAUUAUAUACCCUAUGUUGCUGCACUUCUCAUACCGGUCAUCACGAGUGGCCUCGUCACUCUGUUUUUGAAAAAUGCACAGCCACUGACAUGCUCCGGAGCGAGGCUCUUUAGCACGCCUGAUCCUCAGACCUUUAGCUCGAUUAGCGAUGUCAGCAUCAUUGCAGGUCCAGUCAAUCGGUUACCCAUCUCUACCCUGAACGCCUACAUCGAAUCUGCCCUUGGAGCAUCCCAGUCCUCGACCAAGAGCCCUGUUAACGCAUCAGACAUAUUCCACUUUGUGAACAGUCUCGGUGAUUUCAACUCCGAGGUUGCAUCUCGACGACUAAAUACCACACCGGGAGGUUUCUGGCUUGGCGAUUCAUCUUCGCGGCCUACGUUUGCAUGGAAGGGUGACAAUGGCGCAUUCCCCCUGGCAGCGGCAACCCAGAAUCUGAUGGACAACUUCCUUACCAAUACGUCUAUUGGAUUCCAGUACCAGGCAUUCGAUAUUCCGUGGCAAUCUGAUUUCGGAAAAUUACUACAGCUUCUCGUCUACUUUGGCCUGGCUUCCGCAGUCUAUCCUGCGCUCUUCGCCCUCUACCCCACUGUGGAGCGCUUGCGCAAUAUUCGCGCCCUGCACUACAGCAAUGGAGUUCGUAAGCUACCACUAUGGCUUGCAUAUCUCAGCUUCGAUUUCUGCAUAGUCCUCUUAGCCAGCGCCUUGGCGACCAUCAUAUUCCGAGCUGCGUCAGAUAUCUGGUAUCAUGUUGGAUAUCUCUUUGUCGUGUUCUUCCUGUAUGGAUUAUGCGCGACCCUUUUCGCCUACGCGGUCUCUCUGAUCGCUAGAUCGCAAUUGGCAGCAUUUGCGUUUGCGGCCGGAACGCAGUGUGUCUUCUUUCUUAUUUACUUCAUAGGCUACAUGUCUGUUCUCACCUAUGCGCCUACGACCCUGAUUGACAGAAAUCUCUCCAUCGUUCAUUUCACAAUCUCCGUUGUGACACCUAUCGGCAGUCUUUCCAGGGCGAUGUUUGUCUCUUUGAACAUCUUCUCCAUCCUGUGUCGCGACCGAGAGAUCGUCUCAUAUCCGGGCGAGAUUACAGUCUACGGCGGGCCUAUUCUCUACCUUGUCAUCCAGUCUCUCAUACUGUUUGGCUUGGUCGUUUAUUUUGAUGGAGAAGGACAUGGGUUUGGUUUGUGGCCGCUGAAGUCAAGAUCAACCCAUGUCGAAGAAAAGCAACAAGUGGACGAAGAUGUCGCUCUUGAACUGACACGAGUGAAUAGCUCCAAUGAUGGAUUGCGAGUCCUCCAUUUAACCAAGGCAUUCAAGAAAUUCACGGCUGUCGAGGAUGUUACCUUUGGUGUGGGCCGAGGAGAGGUAUUUGCGUUGCUCGGUCCAAACGGAGCCGGAAAGACAACGACGAUCAGCCUCAUCCGAGGUGACAUGAAGCCUUCUGAAAAAGGAGGCGCUAUCUUCGUCGAGAACGUCUCUGUGACCGAGAACCGUGCCAAUUCCCGAUCGCACUUGGGUGUCUGCCCCCAAUUUGACGCGAUAGAUCAAAUGACUGUGAUAGAGCAUCUGAAAUUCUAUGCCCGCAUUCGUGGCGUAUCCGAUGUCAACUACAACGUCAAUCAAGUGAUUCAAGCCGUUGGACUGACCCAGUUCCAACAUCGCCUGGCAAUGAAGUUGUCCGGUGGUAACAAGCGCAAGCUGUCUCUUGGAAUCGCGUUGAUGGGAAACCCCACAGUUCUCCUCCUUGAUGAGCCUUCAUCGGGAAUGGACGCUGCAUCCAAGCGCGUGAUGUGGAAGACACUCGCAUCUGUUGCACCUGGUCGUUCUAUCGUGCUUACAACUCAUUCAAUGGAAGAAGCCGAUGCCCUUGCUAACCGUGCUGGCAUCAUGGCGAAACGCAUGCUUGCACUUGGUACCACUGACUAUCUCCGAUCCAAGUACGGCAAUAUGUACCAUGUCCACCUGGUUCAUUCUGGCGCUCCGCAUACAUCGGAUGAAGAUAUGAACCGCAUGAGAAACUGGGUACAGGAAACGUUCCCCGGCGCCGUCAUUGAGCAGAAGACCUAUCAUGGACAGUUACGUUUUAGUAUCCCUACUUCUUCUGUGUCUACGUGUGGCGAGAGACUGUCUCUGUCGACAAACGAGAUUUUGCCCGACCAGGGACAGGAUGCCCUAAAACAAGGAUCGACAUCAACUCCAAUGUACGACAGUACCGUUGGCAGUCUGUUCUCGUGCAUGGAGUCCAACAAACCUCUGCUCGGGAUUGAGUUCUACUCUGUCAGUCAAACUACCCUUGACCAGGUCUUCCUAUCUAUUGUGGCGAAGCAUAAUAUCGAGGAAGAGAAUUCGGCCCCC